AUGCAGGUCGUUCUGUUAUCUUUGAGCUGGCCGCACCUAACGGGGGCCAGAGUCGCGGAUCCCGAGGACAAAUCGCCGGCUCUCGAUCAAAUUGCCACCGCGUCGGAGAAUGUGGCCCGAAACGGGAAUUUCGAGGAUAAAGAGAAGGAGUUUCGUAAUCAGCUGAUAACCUCGAUAAUAGACACCACGGUGCACUACGAAAACUCGAACGGUUUCGUUCCUAUGGUGGUGUCGUCGACGUCCAGGCCGUCCGAUCGGCGGGACCAACCGAAACCAGCCAACAACACCACCAGGAGCGAUUCCACGACCAAACGCAGGAACGCGACCGUCGACGACGACCAGGACGGACUGGAGAACGAUCCUGCAUACUCGACGGAGGCCAGGAUAUUCUUAAAUUUCCCUCGUUUGAACGGGAACAAUCGCAGAUCCUUCGAGUUCCAAGCACGGCAGAACGACUUCGAGUUGCUCAAAGUCGGAAACGACACGCCGGCGGUGGCCAAUUAUCCGGACUUUUACGAACCGGGUUCCGUGGAAAGCGGAAACGAGAAGACGCAGCCCUCCUCGAGACACAAAGGAAAGGGAAAGAAGUCGGAGAAUUACACAGGAAACUAUGGGACGAUAACCGACAAUAACGACGAGAGCUCUUCCUACGAUCGUUAUUACCCGCGCAAUUCACCGAGGGACGAGGUAAAAGCGAGCCAACCGGAGGAGAAAGUGCUCGACAAUUAUCAUCAGCAAGAUGUCCUCAAGUACGACGGUCACGGGCAGAGCGAACAAAACGGUCUGACGGGAUCCUUCCCAAGGACGGACCAACAGGCGAACGACCUCGCUAAAACCAACGCGAACAACUACCAGGAAUCGUACGACAACGUGGCGGCUCCAUCCGAACACGAGAACCAUCAGAGAUUCUCUGGACCGGUCGUGGUCGCGGAACCUAAUUACACCUUCGAUCAGUCGCCGAUAAUGCUAGAUUCGACCAACGAUUACCACACGUCUCGAGUCAUCGAUUCCAUCAACGAGGAACCGUCGCAGCAUUUCACCAUAGACAACAGGGACGGAAGAUUUCGCAGCGACGAGGACUCCAGGGACGCGUCGGACGAAGUGGACUACUCGGAGUACGCGGAGAGACCCAGAAGAGUCCAGAAGAGCAGGAGACGACCCUCCGGCGGCGACGGAUCGAAGAGGCUCCAGAAGGAGCAUCGAGGAUCGAUGGACGACAGCUUGGAGUACGAGAGCCAGGGUAAGAGACAUCACUCGUCCAGAUCCAAGUCCCAUCGUCAGAGGGUGAGGGGCAACUCGUGGAUGGACGACGAUCGACACCGCGACGAGAACGACAGCUACGAGGAAACCAAGUACAAUGGUCGACUGUCGGAGAACAGGCACAAGUCUCAGAGCUCCAAGUUCAAACCGAGCAACACCUGGAAUCAGGUGUCACCGAACCUGGAGAUCUCACACUCGAGCGGUAUCGAGAUCGGUCAGCUGGAGAAACCCAAGUUCAUCGUCCCGGUGAAGGUGAACCUGGUGCCCGUGGCGAACUUCGAUCACGCGACAGCGAUGGGGAACAGCCAAGGCUUCGACGUGUCGAACGCGGUUCUGCAGAACAUCGUCUCGGCUACACCUGUCAACACCGUAAACUCGCCCGGAGUCGGCCAGGAGUCCAAGAUCAGAGUCUCCACGCCCCUCCCGGACAUCAUCGUCGGCCAGAACAGCUAUCAGAACUCCAUGCAGGCGGUGUACCCGCGGAUCACGGAGCAGAACAAAUUCGAGACGAACCUGAAGCCCCAGUACGUGUCCAGCACGGCUGCCCCGGUGUUCGCGGUCACUCCUAUCCAAAACAUGCAAGGAACAGCCACGCCACGGCCCACCUACCAGAUGCAACAACUUCCGACCGGUCACAUGAGCGGAAAUAUGCCCCAGCUGAUAGUCCCCCAACCCACUCAUCAAACGGUCCCGACUCUGAUACAGACUCCCAUUCAGUCCGGUUCGGAUUUCAACAUUCAGGUGAACCCUCACGGCAUGCACGGCCAGAAUCUGGUCAACCAUGGCAACUUCCAGGUCACGUCCACGCCCCAGACCAUGCCGGUGACGAAGAUCAACUUGGUCACCGCCGAGUCGCAGAACAAGAAGACCCUGAACUCCGGUUCCACCGCGAACUUCUUGGCCUCUGCCACCAUGGCGGUGGGUCAGAACGAGCAGAGGCAACCGUUGAACUCCUACUACUUGCAAAACACCAACGCUCAGCAGUUCGCGAAGCCACAGAUGCAGGCUAACUUGUACCAGCACAACGUGGCCCCUAAAACGAAGACGUACAUUCAGACGACUCAUCUGCUGCCAGCCGUGCUGCAACCGAUGCCAACUCUGGCUACCUUCGCGGCCAGCACUCCUCAGCUGAUCUCCGAACAACAGAACGCGAUUCACGGGGGGAAUUUCCUGCUGCAGCCUCGAGAUCAAGGCCAACAGUACGUCAAGGUGCCCCACACUGGAGUGGACAACGGAAUAUCGACGCUGAGGACCAUUAAACUGCCGUCCCUGACUUACCCAACGAUGGACAGCAUGGGUAGUCACAGCAACAGCAAUAUCAACACUCUGAGCGCGUAUCCAGGUGCUUCUGGGAUGGUGGAGAACGCUCAUCUUCCGUACGUGGGCACGCGGAGCGUCGAAAUCGUGAAUCCAAACAUCAAACCAAGUCCUGUCGACACAGCGGUGAUUAAUUCCUUCGAGACGAUGCAUUAUCCCACUGCAGUCUUCACCACGCCGUUCCCGAUGUUCACCACCACCAGCGUGGUCACUUCGAGGCCUGCUGUGCUGUCCACCACCACCGAUUCCUUCGACGACAUGAAGGCGUUCCAAUCGCAAGACAGACCCAUGUUCAACCCCAUCAACUUCGUUCCCAACAUGGACUUGGUGAAGAAUCAGAAUGCUCUGAACAGCAAAUUGCACGCCAACGAGCCACUGCAGCAGAGUCUGAAUCUCGUUCCAUUGAUCCCCGGUGGUAACUUCUUCAAACCUUCGUUCGCUGCUCAGAACGAGUUGCUGGCCAAGCCCAAGUUGAACACGGACCUGGAGACGUACGCGGAGCAGAUGUUCAAGGAGUCCCUGAAGACUAUAUACAACUCGCAGAAGUGGAACAACGACAGGAAGCCGGGGAUCCAUCGUCAGAACGUGUCCGAUACUAUGGACAUCGCGAAGCUGAAGAAGGAGCUGCAGAGAUUGAAGGCCUCGCUCUCCGAUUCGCAGCGGGGCAAGGAUCACGAAGGUCACUACAGUGAAACGAAGACCCAGACUGCAGAAUUGCCUAAUAAGAAGCCUGACGAGUUGCUGGCGGCCUUGGAGCAGAUGCUGAAGAAGAAUCAUCCCACGGACUCUUUGCACGGUCACCAUGGAAGCGGUAGACCGCAUCGACAUCGCAGACCCUCGGAUCAAGAUAAGUUUACCUUUGGCUCGAACAGUGAUUUCAGAGACUCGAAGCCUGUCAGGGACUUCAUGACUCCUCCACAGUCUGGCUCUCAUCGUACGAAGGGCCAUUUUCACGAUAAACCAGGUAAAAAGAGACCGAUGUCCGGACCAUCCAGGUACAACAAUCGUAAUCAUUUCCACGGGCCGAGGACGUAUCCCAAGCACGCGUUUUCUCCAAAGUCUGGCAGCAUGGAAGCUCCCUCGAAGAACGCUGAUUCGAUUCACGCGGAAAGCUCUCAGUUCGAGAACGUUCAUGACUCGAGACGCCAUCGUCCUGAAUAUAAAAAGGGCUCGUUGGAUUCGUAUCCUUUCACGCCUUCGUCCAUCGAUAAGAACAGCUUUCUGAAGGGAAACGAUCACCACAAGGGUGGCAAAGACAAUGGCAUCAAUCAUCCAAGGAUGCACAAUUUCCUUGGACUGCUCAUGAAGAAUAAGCAGCUGCCCAAAGGCCUUGCACCGAAUUACUUCCAGGGCUCGGAUCAGCUGAAGCAGUUCUUCGAGGACGACAAGCAACGAUCCCAGCAAUUUUACGACGAUACUUUGAGGGAGUACUUUUACAAGAUGUCCGAGGGCACGAAGCAUCCCAAUUUGGGCCACUCCGGUGGACCCGACACUCGAAGAUAUUACAGGCAAAAAGGUGCCUGA